AUGUCACGCAUACCAACUUCGAUCCUCAGCAAGUACUUGCUGAAAGGUCAAAUACCACGGCAAGGCUGUAUCGGUACACGCCAUAUAUCCAGACAUCUUGCAUUGAAUUCAACCGCUGCAUCUAUCGCCCACACAACCAGACAUUUGCACACCUCGCCUGAAGCUAUCACGCCACCUCCCGUACAGCCAACUCCUCUGCGUAAGCAGCUGAAGGAUGAGGCAAAGAAAGCAAAGAAGCAGGGCAAGAAGAAGACAAAGGGCGACUCUCAAACAGUAGAUGGCUGGGAGUUGACCGUUGGUAUCGAAAUCCACGCCCAGCUGAACACUGCCCACAAACUAUUUUCGCCGGCUAUUACGUCUUUCAACGACGAGCCAAACAGCCAUGUUGCACUUUUCGACGUUGCCAUGCCUGGCAGCCAGCCUCUGUUCCAAAAAGAGACUCUUAUUCCUGCCCUCCGUGCAGCCCUAUCCCUGAAUUGCGAAGUCCAGGAAGUCAGUCGAUUUGAUCGAAAACACUACUUCUGGUGGGAUCAACCUUCAGGAUAUCAAAUCACUCAGUACUAUGAACCUUUCGCUAAGAACGGUCACAUUACUCUUCUUGCUCGCGACGGAAUUUCUCCUCAAGAUGGGGAAAGUGUGACUAUCGGAAUUAAGCAGGUUCAGCUCGAACAGGAUACAGCAAAGACGCUGGCCCAGACUGACAAGGUCCAGUGGCUCGACUUCAACCGUGUAGGCGUGCCUCUGAUUGAAAUCAUCACAGAGCCUGAACUCCAUCAUCCCCGCACUGCUGCUGUUCUUGUGCGAAAGAUCCAGAUGCUGCUAAACACCGUCGAUGCUUGUGUAUCAGGCAUGGAGACGGGUGGUCUGCGAGCCGACGUCAAUGUUUCUGUUCGCAGAACUGAUGGAUCCAACCCAUCACUUGGUACGAGAACCGAAAUCAAGAAUCUGAGCACCAUCAAGGCAGUUGAAGACGCCAUCAUUUCCGAGCGUGACCGACAAAUUCGUGAAUUAGAAGCUGGACGGUCUAUCCCUAGUGAGACCCGCGGUUGGUCUAUUGGAUCUACGGAAACGCGGCGCCUUCGUGGAAAAGAGGGCGAGGUCGACUACCGGUAUAUGCCUGACCCUGACAUUGCGCCUCUGGUUAUUGGAAACGACCUGGUUGGCCACUUACGACAGUCAUUGGCUGUGACACCUGAUUCGGAACUGGACACCCUGAUCGCUCAAUUUGGACUCACGGCCAAGGAUGCACUGUCACUGAUUAACCUUGAAAAUGGCUCGCGUGUACAGUAUUACUACAAGGUGCUCUACUCAAUCCAAGAAAAACUCGCGGAAGACAUGGAUGAAGCCGAGAUGCCAGAGUUCAAGAGUUACUCUGCCGUGGUCGGUAAUUGGAUUAUUCACGAGUUGGGUCGGCUUACCACUUACAAGGCUGGACCGCUCGCAGCCCGAGACCUAGCAUUCACGCCGGAAGGCGAUUGUGAGCAGGUUCCUGAUUCUGAUCUCUCUCAGCUUCUUUAUCACCUGAUACGCAAGCAAAUCACGGGCAAAGUGGCCAAGGAGCUCUUGUUCGCCAUCUACCUCAAGGAGAUUGAGGGAGGAGUCACUCAGGCUAUUGAAGACAACGACCUGUGGUUCAAGGAGAUAUCAAUGGAGGAAUAUGAGCAACUAGCCGAUGAGGCUAUGGAAGGCGAGGAUAAAAUAUUGCAAGAGUUUGCCAACUCUGAACAAUUCCCUCAGGGCAAACUCAUGUUUCUUGUGGGCAAGAUGAUGCGUCUUGGACCCACCGAACGUAUCGUCCCUGCGAAUGCUGAGCGUGUCAUGAGAGCAAAGGUUGAGACUUUACGGAGGACGUGA